GCGGCUUAGUGUUAUCUGGCAAUUCGACAUGGGAAAUUUACUGCAACCACAAUUUUCUAUACUACUACUACAACAGCCUCAUAUCACCAAACCCGACGACGAACACAUCGUCGCCCUUUGUCGGCGUGAUAGUACCUUGACGAUUUACCGCGUUCUUAAUAUUAUUCAUCGCGAAUAUUCACUUCGAUACCAUUUCGAUAUUUCGAUAUACACGCCCUCGAUGGCCCGUGCCAAUUGGUGAUUUCAUUUUAAUUCAUCACGUUCAUCACUCUCCUUUUACGUCGUCUUGAACCAUUCUCUACCGUCCUCUUCCUGAUUUGGAAGUUAAUAAACAAUUCACGAUGGCGCGCCCUAUGGGGCCGGUCCGCCUGCGUAGGACGAACUAUGUUACCUUAUUUAUCGGCGCGAUACUUUGCCUAUUCAUAAUUUACUUUCUCUCCCACAACGGCUCGAGCUCGCAACCUGUCAGCGCGAACAGACCUCCCACCCGUAAACCCGUUGCGAAGUCUAGUCUCAUCGGCGAAAGGCCACCUGUCCGUCGUUUUAACCUAAAUAAUGUUACAAUUACGCCUGAUCCCAUUGGUAACCGAGAGGCCGUCCUGAUUUUGACGCCGAUGGCGCGUUUCUACCAAGAAUACUGGGAUAAUCUUCUGAAACUACAAUACCCUCGCGAUCUUAUCACCAUCGGUUUCAUUCUACCAAAAAAUAAGGAUGGAAAUGCCGCGACAACAGCGCUACAGGCCGAGAUUACGAAAACCCAGAAAGGUCCAGCAAAGGAUCGAUUCAGGAGCAUAAUCAUUGAGCGACAAGACUUCGAUCCUCCUCUAACAUCGCAAGAUGAAAGCGAACGACACAAAAUGGCGAAUCAGAAAGCGAGACGCGCUUCAAUGUCCAGGGCACGUAAUUCGCUGCUCUUCACUACCUUGGGAGCGGAUACAUCUUGGGUGUUAUGGUUGGAUUCUGAUAUUGUUGAGACACCUCCCACCUUGAUACAGGAUCUUGCGAAACACGACAAGCCUAUCAUCGUACCGAACUGUUACCAGAGAUAUAUAGAUACUGAAACCGGCAAACCAGCAGAGCGACCAUAUGACUUCAACAGCUGGCAGGAUAGCCCAACCGCACAAGAGAUCGGUGCUAAGAUGGGACCAGAUGAUAUCAUUCUCGAAGGAUAUUCUGAGAUGGCAACCUACCGAGCAUUGAUGGCAUACAUGGCAGAGAAAGAGGACGAAAGGAAUUUAGAAGUGCCUUUAGAUGGCGUGGGUGGUACUGCUUUACUAGUCAAGGCAGAUGUCCAUCGCGACGGUGCUAUGUUCCCUCCAUUCCCAUUCUAUCAUCUGAUUGAGACGGAAGGAUUUGCAAAGAUGGCGAGGAGAUUAGGGUGGCAUUCUACAGGACUGCCUAACUACAAGGUUUAUCAUUACAACGAGUAAACGAAUAGGGGACGAAACAAGAAUUGCGGCUUAAAUCGCUUUUUGGUUAUUACGAACCUUGUAAUCUGUCACGAGUCUCGGAACGGUGCAUUACGGAGAUGAGGAGUUUAUACGUGGCCGUAUUUGUUUGCGACGAUGGAACAUGCGUUACUGAAACACGUCCACAGCCGUUACAGCCGUGGUGGAAAAAGGGGGC